AUGGGCACAAAACAGGUGCUCAUUGUUGAUACAACAAAUGGGGGACUGUGUACACCUUGUAUUAAUCAGUCCUAUGUGUUCUCAUGGAGCGGAGAAGGCGAAAAUCAAGGGCCACGGGAAGAUAUGAAUUAUGUCAACAACUAUGGAGAUAGAGAACAUGAGAAUCUACAAGCCAGAAAGGAGAGUACGACAGUUGCUCCAGUUCCGUUAGAGGUGGAGGAUCCAACAGAGCUUAGUGAAGUGGUGAUCGAGCAGAGUCAGGAGAAAGAAAAGAUGAAUGAGCAAGCUGCAGAACAGGUGGCACCUCUUGUGCCAGAAAAUUCCAACAUAGAGAAGCCAGAUCUAUCCACUAUGACUCUCACACAGACCUGGAGCGCAGUAGUGACAAGAUCGAUGGCUCAAAAGAUGUCUGAUCUAGGUAGUUUCACUAUUCCGUGCACAAUUGGGAGCUACACCUUUGCAAAGGCCUUAUGUGAUCUGGGGGCCAGCAUAAAUCUAAUGCCGCUGGUUGUGUACACUAAAUUGGGCAUCGGCAGAGCUAGGCCGACUUCUAUGCUGCUACAGCUGGCUGAUCGCACGGUGAAAAGGCCAACUGGUACUCUUGAUGAUGUGUUGGUGCAAGUAGGGAAGUUCGUGUUCCCAGCAAACUAUGUUAUCCUGGACUGCCAGGUAGAUGAGGAGAUACCUCUCAUUCUGGGUAGACCGUUUUUGGCGACUGGUAGAGCACUGAUCGAUUGUGAGACUGGGGAACUAAAAUGA